UUGUACUGCAAAAGCAACAAAGCAAGAAAGAGAAGAAAAUAAAAAUGAAAUUUUUAAUUUAUUGAUGUCAAAAAACCAAACAGUGGUAAAAUAAAAUGUAAAGAGAGAAGCAUCCCAUCCCUCUCCCCCAAACACUUUUCUCCCUCAAAAAGUACUUGUCUUGGUUGGGUGGGAGAGAGCUGCUGGGAUUUUGAACCUCUGCCUCUUUUCAUUUCACCCCCCCAGUUGUCCAUGCAAAGAUUGAGAGAUUGCUUUCUUUGUAAAGGGGAUUUUGUGUGUUGUGUUGUGAUUGUGAUUGUGUCUGUGUCAUAUGUAAUGUAAUUCUUGGAUUUGUACUGUGUAUAGCAGGAGAGAGGGGGGAGUUUUUGGUAGGUCAGAAAGAUGCCCAGGCCAGGACCUAGACCAUACGAGUGUGUGAAGAGAGCAUGGCACAGUGAUAUGCACCAACCCAUCCGAGGCUCAAUCAUACAGAAGAUUUUCAGAGCUGUACACGAGAGACACAGCGCUGCUACUAAGAAGAACACGGAAUGGCAGAUAAAGCUUCCAAUUGUGGUGUUCAAAGCUGAGGAAAUAAUGUACUCCAAAGCUAAUUCCGAGGCUGAAUACAUGGAUCCCGACACGCUCUGGGAUAGGGCUAACGAGGCCAUUGAUGUGAUAAUCCGGAGGGACGAGAGUACGGAGACUGGGCAGCUCUUGCCUCCUUGUGUUGAAGCUGCUCUUGUUUUGGGUUGCGUUGCUGAAAGGACAUCUCGGAGCCAGCGGAAUUGUAAACCAAGAAAUUACCUUAGCCCGAGAGCUCAGGAGCCUUGUCCUGUACCUCCCAAAGUUUUCAAUCCAAGUUCAAAUGAGCAUAACCCAAAUUCACUGUCUCCCCAUUCUUCGAGUCAGCCAACAUUUCGGAGACCAGCACAUCUGAAUUUGGUAACUUUGGCUUCAGAAUCUAACAAGUCCGUAACGCCUAACAUCAAUAGUUUUAGUGCUUCGAGUGCUAGGAAUCAAAUUCUUCACGCGGAGGGUAACACUCCGGUAAACAUGGGUUCAGUAUAUCCUUUGUAUAACGGUACCAACUUGGAGCCAAAAGUCACCCAAACAGGCUUCCGUGAGCCUCAGAACAAUGUGAUUGUUGGCAAGCCUAUUUACCCGUCAAUUAUGGGGCCUGCUGAAGUCAACUGUUUUCAGAGCUUAUUCCCCAAAUAUAUUAUUGAUAAUCAUGCUCAAGAUGAAAGAGCAGUUCUCAGUGGAGGACCUCGGGAAGAAUGUGAUUUGUCGUUGAGGUUGGGUCAAUCUUUAGACCAUGGCUUGCAUUUGGGAAAGGCUUCGGCUAGCGGUGGCCCUAACCUGAGGCCAAGUGAUGAUUCUAAUGAAAGAGGCAAGUCCAAGGUUAUAUCUACCAUUAAUGACAGAGAUUUUUGUUUCUUUAGAGCGGAAUCUACGAAUGAUCCUUCUAGAUUGCCUACAAGUUGGCGGAACCCAGAGGGUGAAGGUCAGGAUAUGGAGUCAAUUCUUAGGAAGCGUAAAAUGCCUUUUCAUAACGCUGUUGAUAAUUCACAAUUUUUCUCGCAAGAGGGUCGCACUUUCAACCAUUUCACUGGUCAAAUGAAAAGACCAGGUUUGUAGACAAUCGGGAUAUGUUGUAUUAUAAAGUUUUUGAGGAAGAAAAAUUUGAGAUGCCAUAUACUUUCCAUCAAAGUGCCCAUUGCUGCUUCUGCAUAUACUCUGCUUAACUAUGAAGAUUUACGUUCUGUUAGUAAAGAGAAGGCAAUAGUACUAAAAGAGAACAGAGACAACAAGAAAAGGAUGCUUCUUAUCAAAUUAGGGGUUAAUUUUACUGAUCGUUACUGCACUAACUUAUUUAACUGACAAGCUGAAUUGGGUUUGGGAAGAUGCCAUUAGGGUGUGUUUUUUUGUUCAGAAUAUUGAGCUUCAUUAAGUAAUGCUAGAGAACAUAAGCUGAUAGUGUAUUGAGGUUGUCUAAUGAUAAGAAAGAAUUUGCUGAGACUGUUUGCUGAGAUGCCCUGUGUUAUGAAGUUCUAUAAAUUACCAUACAUCUUGUUUUGUGAUUGAAGUACUCAUACAAUGAAAGUAACUUGUUCCUGUUUGUCAUUGGAAAACUAUUAUAUCGGUUGAACAAUGAAUCAUGAAUCUUCUGAUGUAAUUACACAGAGAAUUUUCACAUUGAUUUUUUAAUGACAAGGCAGAUUGUGACUUUGUGAGUA